AGUCAUUAUCGGGGGAGCGGAUGCACAGGGCUCUAUGGGGACUGCUAAUGGGCCGAUUCAAUUUCAGCUGGAUGACGCCACUUAGGAUUUUUAGAUGUGCCCUGAUGACGCAGAGUCUCCUUACUCCUGGAAAUGCAGCUCUCCUCCAGUGCGGCUGAACUCAGUUGUGACGAGACAAUGGACCUGCCUGCUGAGGACUUCCAACAGGUCCUGUCCAUUGACCAAAUCCGCUCCAUACGUGCCAGCAACAACUACGUGGAGAGACCGGCUGUUUGCUUCCAGCAAGCUCACUCCAAUCCAUCCCUGUCACAGCCACCACACAAACAAGAGUGGUCUCAGGACCGCCUGCUGUCUUCCACCUUCCAGGACCUGCACCGCAGCCACAGCCAACAGCACCAGAUGCCACCUUUGCAGCAACACAUGAGCCAUUCCAGCACAGCCAGCUCUGUGUCCCAAAGCACUACAGCCUCAGACCAGCGGCUCCUGAGCAGCCUCACGCCUUCACACUCUGGACACUCCCUUGUCCGGACACAGCCCAGAGCUGGUGAGCUGAAGCCAGAGGAAUCGCCGCUGAAGGGGGUGGUGGAGAAGCCAACUCUCCACACUGGGCACCUCUUCAUUUGUGAGGAGUGUGGGAGGUGCAAAUGUGCCCGCUGCACAGCUGCCCGCAGCCUACCCUCCUGCUGGCUUUGCAACCAGCGCUGCCUCUGCUCCCCAGAGAGCCUCCUCGACUACGGGACUUGCCUUUGCUGUGUCAAGGGUCUCUUCUACCACUGCUCCACUGAUGAUGAGGAUACCUGUGCUGAUGACCCCUGCUCCUGUGGGCAGGGAUCCUGCUGUGCCCGCUGGGCUGCCAUGAGCUUCCUCUCUCUCCUCAUGCCCUGCCUCUGCUGCUACUUUCCUACUCUGGGGUGCCUCAAACUUUGCCAGAGGGGUUAUGAUGGCCUGAAACGACCUGGCUGCCGCUGCCAGAACCACACUAAUACGGUCUGCAGAAAAAUCUCUUCCUCCAGUGGCACACCCUUUCCCAAGACAUUGGAUAAGCCGGUAUGACCUUCCUAGGGAGGAGAAGCAGGCUUUACUUCUCUUCUUCCUCCUCCUUUCCCUUCCUUCCCCCUCCUCCUUUGGCUUUCUCUGCUCUGCAACUCUCCCUCCCCCGCCCACCACCACUUCCUGGGAAUGAGACAAGUGAACUAUGUGUCCCAUGGCUUCCAGGGAGCAUGAAAGCUGCUUGGAGGCAAGGAGGGCUCACUGCUGUGACAGAGCUGAUGGCACACAGGAGAUGGUGUUUUUGCACAUGCUGUCAAGGGACUGUGACAGGCAGAGCAAGCUGCGGUUGUGUUCUCCAGUCAUGGCUCUGUGGGGAAGGGCAUUCUGGUGGGAGGAGGGGAAACCUCAGGACUCUGACCUCAGAAGGCCUUAGAAGCUAUCACUGUCCUCCAGUAAGGUCCAGGCCCUUCUGGAAGGGGGAAGAGAUGGGUUCAUGCAUCUCCACUUGAGAGUCCUCCAGGAACUGGAACAUGGUUUUUCUCUUUUUCUCUGGCACUUUUCAUGGGUGGCCUCUCUGAGAGUGUCCUCUCCCUCUGUGGUAGGUUUGCUUUCCCAAAGGGAUUGGGAUGCUAAAUGGCAGGUGGAAGUCACUGGGAGAAGCAAGUGAGCUUCAAAAUGAAGUGGCUCUUUAUUUUUCUGUCUCAAAGAAAAAAGGGAAGGUGUGGAAAGCUUUAGAAACUAUCUGACACAGGAAGAGGGAGAUAUUGGAGGCAAUCUGGUCCACUCUCUCUUCUGCCCAGCUGCAGCAAGGGAAAGGCUCCCUCUGGGAACUGGCUGAGAACAAGAAUCUGCUUUGAAAUUGCCAUUCAAUUCCUAAUGCUUUGAGGUGCAGUGCUAAAGGGCUGUGCCCAAGGAGCUCUCAUUACAUAUCCAGUGGGCUGUGAGUGAGGGGCAGUGCUUGCUGCCUGGCUGCAUCAUGCCAAGCCGAGAGGCUCCAUUCCAUCACUGAGUGGACGCUGCAGGCACUGGUGCCCAGCCUGGCAGCCCCAUGCUCAAGCCCCAGGAGCAGAGCAGGCUGUGAUGCUUGUCUUCCCUUCUUCCCUUGCAGGUUUCUCCUUACAGGAUAGGGUGAGGUACACUGAGGAGACAGGAAUAGGGCUUAGUUCUGCUAUUCUGUUCUCUAAAACUGUAAAGACCUUCUGCUGAUCUGGUACCUUCCACCAGCAUUGAAUUAGCUUUAAAAAAUCCAGACUGAACUGUCAGCAGCUGACCACUCACACUGCUCUCCUUGUCAUUUAACAGUGAUCCUGGGCAAUCCCCCAGUGGGGACUUCUGGGGCUUCUGCUUUGUGCUGGGUGAAACAGAGAGCAGAAGGGAGGUAUCUAACAGAUCUGAGCCUGACCUUCCCUCUCCACAGAGGUAGCCUCUGAGUCAUCACCUAGUUUUGGCCCAUUGGCAUGUCACAUCAACACCAGUGUCACACCUGCCAGCAAACCCUGUUGGCAUUGCUGAGGGUAUUCUGCAAAGGUGGCCACCUGCUGCAAACUGGAGAUGAGUCUGAACCAACCCCUCAGGCUGGGCCAUCUGCAGACCAGAAGGAAACCUGAAUCUGGGUCAGUGCUUCAUAAUUUACUUGCUGUGACUAUAAUAAGACAAAUCUAGUCCCUAUAGCUGAGAGGGAGUUGGAGGGAGCUCCUCUUGGAGCUAGGCCCAGCACCAUCUCUGCUUGCAGACAUGUGACACCAGCUCUCAGCUGUGACCUUUGCUGACAUCAGCCAAUUGACCCAGGGAAUUUAGAGCCAGACUCAUUUUCUGGUGCUUGGCCCUGCCCACCUGGCCUUCCUCUGAGAUGUUUGACUGCAGGCAUGUGUGUGGAGGGAAGUGAAUGGUUCCCCUGGAGAAAUAUAUGCAACGUCGCUUGGCUUCUUCCAAGUCCCUGCCAACUAAGGCUUGUCCAUUGCAUUCACUCAGCCAUCUCUUUAUGUAGAAUUCUGUGGAUCUAUUUUUGUAUAUAUAAAUAUAAGUUAGGAUGGCUAGGACUAUUACUAAUAAUAUUCGUGAUACUGCUGUGAAUGGUGCCAGAUAAAAGGUUCGGCUUCCUGGUACAUUUGCACAUGCUGGAUAAUGAUUUCCCAGUCUGUUUAUUGCUAAUCCUAGACCUUUAGCUCCUAGGUAGUUGGGAGAAGGGGAAAGGGAAGUUUACAGAUUGUCCUAGUGGGGUUUUGCUUUGCAGAGAGUGAGUAGGAUUCACCACUGGCUCUAGGGUGAGGUGGGAGUCAGACUCAUGCUGGGAUUCCUCUUCCUUAACAUUUGCUAUCCAGAAAUAGGGGUGAUCUAAGCUUCCUCACUUGCAGAAAAAGGUGGUUCCAGAAUGUGGUAUAUCCCAUUUGAAAGUACAAGGGAUAAAUUAUCUUCUGAUGGUGUCUUUCUCCCUUGACUGUAAGAGACACAAAUGUUGAACUCUUAGUUCCCUGAGGAAGGGGAGAUGAAUCCCAUCUCUGGUAUGAAGCUUGUAUCCGGUGUGUGUUACUCACAUGACUAAAAUCUUGACAGUGACUUCACCCAGGGCUUGAGGGGGCUGUUGAAAGAUACUUUCUCUGACCAAAGACAGAGCGCCCAUUUCCAUAAGCUGUGGUGAAUUCAGGAUGAUGCUCUGGGUUAUAAUGAAUUCCUCCUGGCAUUAAGGAGGGAGAGGCCCAUGCCUGUGAAGUUUAAACAUCCUCUGAGGCUAGUCCUGGACUCUGAAAUCAUUUGGGUUUUAAGGCAAUGACCUCCUCAGAGCAUUUCCUAUAGGUAUAAGUGUGUAUAUCCCCGUAAGAUCUGCCCAUGUCUCUGUGGCAUCACUUAUAAUAUACACCGCAAACAUAUUAACCUAUAUGCCAAUAUUGCUUGGCUUCCUAUUUCCAAGUGAUGCAUAGGGGACAGACUUCCAUCAAGAGGCAUCCUUCCUUUUGAACACUCAGUUCACUUUUCUAUUGGUGCUAAUUAAACUCCUUCCAAAUGUAAAAUCUUUUAGGGGAAAUAGUCCCUUUUCAUUGAGGAUUUGAGGAACCAGUUUAUUUCAAUGAGAAUGUGAAAUGCAUCAUUGAAACUUUUUAAAGAAAACUAAUGAACAGAAUUUUCCAACUUGUUCUACUUUGAUUUUUUUCUCCUUUCUAAAUGAAUCCUACUUGUAAAUUUAGUUACCACCUCUGUAUCUCUGCAAUUCAUUGCUUCCUCUCCUGAUGGUGGAAUGACUCAACAUAUGAAGCUUCAUCAUUUUCACGGCCUCCUAAGUCAUGCACAUACAGGGUGACCUCCCCCAAGUGCUGGAGCUGUAAGAUGAGAACAUCACUGUCCACAUAUCAGAUCCUUAGAGCAAGUUUCGCUUGGCAAUAGCAUGGUAAAGUGUAGUCCUGCACAACUAUUGCAGCAUAUUUGCCUUCAGUAACUGGUAGGAGGCCAGGAUGCCUGCCAAUAGCCUUCUAUCUAAUAGGCUUUUUUCUGGGUCAGUGUGAAAGUCCCAUUUCUAACAGCAAAUCAUGCCAUAGCCUAGGUGCAGGGCUGAGGAGUCUGGCCAGGUCUCCUGAAUGUCUCAUCUCAAGGAAGUAACAGACUUAUGUGAUAUGUUUUGUAAAAUAUGGGACACACAGAAGGAAACUGGAGCGGGAGAGAGCCCCUGAUCAGCACGGAGGAGUAGAGUGCUGGGCUUUGGUUUGACUGUGCUUAGGGUAAAAUGCAGAGCUGUGUCCAGGCCUUGUUGUUGCAAUGGCUACAGCAGUUUAGAGCUGUCUGACCCCUACACUGUUCACAGUGGCAGGAGGCUUCAUGUACCAUUAUUGUUUCCCACUCCUGGAAGAGCUUCAGCAGGUUCCCAUUAUUUAGGCUCAGCAGAAAAGACAGAUCUGGAUUUGCCAAAAGCUUUCUGAAGGAGGCCAGCUCUAGUUCCCUGAGAUCAUUUGGUGUCAGGCAGGCCACAGGUGGCCUCUGAUUAAGUGCUCUCUGUGCUUUCCCUGAUGUCUUCAAACCAGAUCGGUCUUGCUUCCUUUUGCUCCAGUCCUUCCUGCUCCCUCUCCAUCUCUGGCUGCCAGAUAGUUGGGUUUCCCUUUAGAUAGGACUCCAAUUUUGGUUGGGGUUAUGAGCCUCUUUCCUGCCCCACCCUGAAAUGAGUCAGAUGACAUCUGCUCCAGAUGUUUGUUUGCAGUUGCUUGUCCUGGCAGUUUGGGUUUAUCUCUGUCUCAGUGUGUCUUUUUUGAUUUUGUUUUUGGAGAGUCACAUGCUGAGCUCUCUGCUUUCUCUGUGCCCCUGUGAUUUAACUAGGACAGAACCACUUUGCAAGAGAACACAUCUCUGUGUUGUGUGCCUGUGCUGGUCAUAGGCUCCUUUCCCAGGAAGCAUCAGGGGCUUUCGAGCAAACUUAGGAAAAGAGAAACUCAGGGCUAAAGGAGGAGGAAAUAGGGCAGGAGCUACAGAGCAGGUCCUGAAUUCCCCUUACUCUGCACCUCAUGCAGGAGCCUGCUCUUUUCUUCCCAGCAGAUCUCUAAGGUUAGAGACCCUGAGAGCAAGAUAUGUAAGAGAUGUGCACCUCUAACCACAUAAGAACUCCUGCUGGCUCCUGCUUUGUGUCAGGGCUUCACUUGGCACCAGUUCUCUCCUUCCCUAUGGGCAAGCGUGUGAUUAGUGACAGCACUGGCUAAGAGGGAGCACUGGGGACUGAGCUGGAGUCUCCCUUCUAUCUCAACACCCCCAGCAUUCCCAGGCAGAGUGCCCUUGAGUUGCUGCUCAGGCUGCCACCUCUCCCUGACAAUCCUCGGUGCCUUGCAUUGAAGCACCCACUUCCAGCCAAGUACCUCAGAGAGUAGUUGAUUGGUUGCUGUUUUGUUUUGUUUUAUUUUUUUUAUUUUUUUUGGAGGGGGGGGAGGGAGGGGAAUGUCCUUAGGAUUUUACUCCUAGAUUCCCACAAAAUCUCAUUGAGUUGGCUCUUGCCCAUCUCUGUAUGUGAACUCAAGGACCUGAGGGGAAUUGUCAUUGGUCAAAAUAUGCCAAAGCACAAAAUAACAGUUUGUGAAGAGCUGCUUUAGUGCAAUAGAGAAGAAUGAGCGGAGGGGUGAGAGGAACUACUGCAGUGUUUACAUGAGUGGAAGGAACAAAGGAUGGGCACACCAUGCCCCAAAUCUCAUGUUGUCAGCACUUACUUUGUUAGUUUGUUCUCCAUCUCUGGUCCUUGAGUGUUUCCCAGCUGGCUAACACUAGGAAGACUGGGAGGUUUGCAGAUAUUGGAAGAUCUAACUUUUCUUGAUCAGUAGGUGAAGGAAGUUGAGAAGGGAUGUACUCACACCCCAUCUUGAAGUCUGUUCUCAGUCUUUAAUUGCAUCCAGUUCAGUCUUGCCUCCUUUGAGGAGCAUAUGGAGCCCAUUCCUGCUGGAUACUCACAUGCAGUUGGAGAAUGUUGGUUGGGAUCCGUUCCAUGUGGGCAGAAUCAGAGCUGUGAUCUCCGUCUGGCUCAGUCUGCUUUGGGAUAUUUCUCAGUAAACACUGAGCACUGAGAUCUCUUGCAAACUGCUUCUUCUUCUUCUUUUUUUUUUCUUUUUUUUUUUAAGCUGCUCUUUGAUCCCACACUGCAGGUUUGGAGCUUGCCCAGGUGAAAUUUUUUUGUCCUACUUGGGAUAAAAGUCUCAGAAGAAUCCACUUAGGGCAUUAGCCAGAGAGGCUGAAAGGUUCCCUUGCAAAGGGUCUGUAGACGGGAGGGAUACUGGAUGGGUGCAAAGAGAGCAAUGCCUCUUUGCGGCACAUGUGAAAUCAGUAAAUACAUGAAUGCGGAGCAAAGGGAAGCAGAAUCGGUGUGCAGAAGCCCAGGGUGUGAGGAGAGAGGCCUGAGUCUCUCUCCUGUUGAAUCUUGUUGCAACACCCUUAAUGGCUUCUGUGGGAGCAAGAGCAAACUCCUCCCUGGUGAGUGGGCCUGCCCACUGGGAGAGGAAGUUUCUCACAUCUCUGCCUGUCCCAACUAUGGUAACAGCCGAGAGGUGUGUGAUCAUUCCUGGACCUGACACAGUCAGGCCACCCCUUUCCCAUGCUGCUGCUCUGCUCUGAAGGAGUCCUUUUCCUCCUUCCCCUUUCUUUUGUCUGUGCCCCUCCUUUGCGAAAUGGUUCCCUCAGGCCUUAGUGAUAUUCUGAACAGGCUGCUGCAGCCUCCUGCCUCCCCAGGUGUCCUUAGCACAAAGUUCUCCUUAGAAGAUGGAUCCCCUUGGCUUCAAAGGAGAGUCUCGUACCAGGAACUGAAGCAUCUAAUUCUCCAUUUAAUUGGUACAAAGGCAUUCUGUACAGUGUAUAAAGAGAUCCCUCCCCUGGCUGUCUUUAUCUGGGUUCCUUUCUGUAAGGUAUAAUACAUGUUUAUAAUCUGAUGGCUGUUUUUUGACAAUACUCUUGUAACUUUUAAGGGGGGGAAACAAAAAAAGAAAAAGAAAAAACAAAGUAUUUAUUUGAAAAGUUUAUUUUAAAGAUAAGAAAAAAAUAACCUAUUUAUUUUAGUGCACCCUCUUCUGUUUAGUUUUCUUCUUUUGCAAAGCUAAUAACUGUUACUGAACCACUGCUGAAAUGAAAGAAGUAAUUCUAUGAGUGGCUUCACAAGCCCACUUAGAGCAACUAUUCAAUAAAAAUAUAUAUUAAUUUUGAA